GGUGAAACGACGAAACAUAUAAAAAGCAACGAGCUGCUGGAUCGAAUUUUUUGUUUUUGAACAAUGAAUUCCAAGGAUGGGCAUGGUACAGAAGCAGAUUCAGAGAGGGUAAAUAACCGAGGAAGCAGCACCACUGAGGAAAGCAGCAAUCACACCCAUGUUUCCACUGCUGCCGAUGCUCAUGACAUUCUAGCCAACUUGAAAAUCUCAUUUCAAAAGGAAGCAGCGACAGCAGCAGCGGAUCAACGCUCGUUAGGAGCAGAAAACCCUCUCUUGGCCCUCCUUACCCAAAACUCAGCAGAACGUGCUCGUAUUGCAGAAGUUGGUCACCAACUUGGACCUGAGAACACAAGAGUACCACAGGUAAUUGGAGACUUUGUAGGCUUGACAGGCUUACCUGGAACUACUUCAAGUGCCAGCAGAAGCCAUGGAAGCAUAGGUGGUGGCACUCCAGGCACUUAUGGCGGCAGAAAGAGUAGCAGCGCUAGUAGUAGUAAUAAUGGUAGUGGGGAAGUAACGGGAGCAGCAAGUUUACAUGAAGGACUGGAAAAUAUUCAACUAGGAGGUGAGGAUGACGAACUUAAUGAGUUAGACGUGGAUGAGGACGACGGUAGCAUUAUCGAGAAUGCAAUAAUAAAUCUGGACAAAGGUCUGAAUGUGCAAGCAGAUGGGGGAUUGCUUGAACGAGCCAGCGAUACCAUUAGUUCUGAGGCUCGAUCAGCAGCGUCUGCUGUAGAUCCGCGUCAGCUCAUCGGAGCAAUACAGGAAAGGACAUCAGAAUGGGACAUCCUAAGUGAUUUUCAACCAAGCAUGGGCAUGCUUGAUGAUGAUGAUGAAUUGGAUGAAAAUGAUCCAGCUAUGGAGGAACUUGGUUUUGCUCUAGCUCCUAAAUCUAAGCGCGAGAAGAAGAAGAUGCAGAAGAAAGGUGUUACGCCAGUAUAUCCGCCAGAGGUUCAAAAGCUUCUCGGUAUGGCUAAUACCGCCUACGUGAAUAAGAAUUACAAGGAAGCCGUUGACUUAUUUCAGCAGGUUAUUGUCACUCAUCCUAGCGUGUUUCAGGCUUGGAACAUUAUGGGCGUCAUUCAGGAGGAGCUGGGAAACACGGAAAAGGCGCUCCAACUAUACCUUGUUGCGGCCCAUUUAACGCCUAAAGACGCUGCCCUCUGGAAGAAGCUUGCGGUCAUUUCCAAAGACUGCGGGUAUGAUCAACAAGCACUCUACUGUUUCUCACGGGCGUACAGAGCAGAUAAGGAUGACAUGGAUGCCCUCUGGGACCGUUCCAUUAUGUACCAGAUCCUGGAUCAGCCAUAUAAAGCUAUUGCAGGCCUUCAAAAGCUUCUCAAGGUCAGGCAGCACUACAUGCCGGCAUUGGAAGAGUUGGUUAAGAUUUACAGUUCGCUUGAUCAGGACAACAAGCGCUAUCGGGAGUAUAUGCAUCAAGCUAUGGUUGACUACGAGGCUGCCUAUCUACACUAUUCUUCUCUCCCUGACCAUUUUGCUAACGUUAAUGGAGACCCCUUCGAAGUUUCAGACGAAGUUGAGCAACAUGAUAUGGCUAAUGAACCCUUUGGCUACUCUGCGCUAAAUAUGCUCAGUGAGCUUUACAUUAUGUUUGAUGAGUACGAAAAGCCAAUCAAGAUGAUCAAAACAUGGUCGCGUCGAUUGCAGCGACGGUCCCAUCAGACUUGGUGGGAUGAUUAUAAGGAUGACCGCGAGUUUGACACUGACCCAGAUGACGAGGAGCUGCAAGCAUCCCUCGGCGAGAACAGGACACGAGGACUUCCUGUGGAUCUACGUGUUAAACUUGGAAUUUGUCGUCUUAUGAUGGAGGAGGUCAAGGAAGCAAAGGCUCAAUUCCGAUAUCUAUGGAGAUGUAGUGUUGAAGACUUCCCGGAUUUAUAUGAGGAGAUAGCUGAACUGUAUGUGAACAAGCGGAUGUGGAAAGAAGGAUAUAAUGUUAUCAGAGCAAUGUUGCAAUAUGACGAGAUGGAUAUUCCCAAGAUUUGGAUCAUGGCUGGAGAAUGCUUACGACAUAUGGACAGACUUAAGGAUGCCAAAGAUUACCUGGAACAAGCACAUCGCGCUGAUCCUACGAAUGUGGAUGUUAGUAUGAUGCUAGCUGAGGUGUAUGAAGAGAUGGGAAAUCUUCCACAGGCCUUGACUAUGGUCAAUUAUGUGAGGAAGGCAAAUGCCGAGAAACAAGCAGAUGCAGAACGGAAACGCAAGGAGGCACGACAGGUGAGGCAAAGCAAGAGUGGCGGAGCAUCAUCUUCCAGAGAUGCACAAAAUUCAGAAGGUUAUGGACUGGCACCUCAGCCAUACCUUGAAGCAAGUCAUUAUGAUGGCAAAUACCGACAUAUUGCACCUCGUCCAGGGUCUUCCUCCAGUACAUGGCAGCUAGGAUCCGAUGCUGCUAGAGACGCCAUGGAGCGUAUCACAGAAGCAAGUCGGAGUAGAGCCGCUGCAGAGAGAUACUCAAGCGCCGACAGAGAUCGUGAUAUCCAGCUUGUUAGAUCUAUUCGUGAGCAAGAGCGUGCGGAUAAGAUUGCAGAGAAGGAUGUGGAGCUUCAUGACGUGAUUGAUAAGUUUAACAAGCUUGAUUUGAUCUACCAAAAAAUUAGCCAGAAAGAAAAAUCUAGAUCCUGGCUGAACAAACAUGAGGCCGUGAAAAUAACACGAGAGGAGAGAAUUCAAUACAUUCAAGCUGCUAGAGACCUGGUAAAUGUGUUUCGAAGUAAUCGAGCAUUCUUUAACAGGGAGCGGAAUAAGCCCUACACAGGUGUAGAAUCGCGAGCUUGGAGAUCUCGAAGAAACACUGCGGAUGCCGACACAGUUCUUUCGGAACAUGCAACCGAAAUGGCAGACCGGCUGGCUAGAGCCAUGGGUAUUGCAUCAGCUACACAAAUGCCUAGGCAGGAACCCACUGAACAGUCAAAUGUCAAGUCUCCAACGACGUUCAGAGAGGUAUCAUUCGAUGUCUGGUACCUACUUAUGAUUCGACAGGGGGUCUAUCUAACGUUCGAAGACCGAUAUGCAGAAGCACUUGAUUUGCUGAUGCUGAUGUUCAGAGCGAACGUCUUUUAUAGUGUUCCACGAAGACGGUCGGGUAUCAUGUUGGUUUUGCUUGCAUGCGCAAUGUGGGCAAAAGAUCACGCCACAGUCAUCAACGCAGGGCGAUGGCUGACAAUUUUUGGAGGUAUGCGUCCGUUCGCUUUCAAGAUCUAUCAGGGAACGUUUACAUCUGGACCACGCGACAACCAUGAACACUUUGUGUGGGCUCAAAACAUUACUCAGAAGUUCAUGAAACGACAUAUCAUACGAAUGCGGUCUGCCGUCGGUAAGGGUUUGCAGCGUGGAAUGCGCAAGUCAUACACGCCCCAUAGGAAACAACGAAUUGUGACACAGAGGCGAAAGCGGAGUAGGAACUUCCUUUUGUCACAAUCAACACAGCCAUCGCAGUCAUUGCCCAAGAAGAAACCAAGGUUGGAUCUCACAGUAGCGGGUCAUGAUGACAAUGGAAUUUCGUUCCCUUGGAAGCUCAGUAGCAAUAUAGUAUCAGCAUCACAUACGCCUUCACAACAGGAAAACCGCGUACAGGAGACACAAGAAACACAAGAGAACCAAGUUCAAUCGGAAGCCCAGGAAACAGAAACUGCGACAAGUGCUACAGCAGGAAUAAAAUCCAGAUCUUCGUUGCAGGGCGGAAGUACAGAUAAAAAUAUUAGUACUCGGAAUCCACGUGGAAGAGUGUCCUUCUCAGAGGCAUCUAAGGGCGAUGGUGGGAUGUCUUCGCCUUCAUUGCCAUCCCACGGCAGGGACGGGCCUACAGCUGCAGCGAUUGCUAGACGGAGAAAGCGGCAGCUGACAGAGGAUGAAGGCGAAGAAUUUGAAGAAAAUGAUCAAACCGGUGAAAAAAGCAAUAAGCAAAACAGAAAUGAUGGACAAAAUGAACAGGAUGAUACGGACCAAAACGAGCAGGAUGAUGACGAUGACGACUAUGAUGUCAACGAUGAACUAUACAAGACGGAAGAGGAAGACGAUAACGACAACGAUGAUAACGGUGAAACCGAUUGGGAAAAUGAUGCAAUCAAGUUUUCAAGGUCAAGAGCUAAGAUGUACGGGAAGAACAAGCAAGCAGAUGGUAUCGACGACGACGACAACUACGAAAACGACGAUAAUGACGAUAAUGAUGAUUAUGAUGACGACAGCCCAGAGAGCAAUGGUUUAUCUCGUGGUCCCAAGAAAGGCCGUAGGUCCUCAGAAAGUCGAGAAGGAAGCUCAAGCACACAACAUGAUGGAGCUUCUAAGGCUAACUAUGCAGGGAUAAGAGUUCCACGAAUGUUCACCAAGGAGAGUUAUCCGCAAUUCCAUAUCCAUAUGACCAUGUUUUCGGGUUCCUUGUUAGCAGCAUCACGAAGCCAUGUGGGUAGUGCCGCCCAGUAUGCCGAGUGUAUGGACCAUGCGCCGUUGAACCCGCUGAUCCAGCUUUAUCUUGCAAACCAAAUGUUUUGUCUGGCGAUGCAACGCACGACUCCAAAUCGACAAAUGGCGAUGGCGCAAGGAUUGGUGUUCUUUCAGAAUUAUUAUCGUCUUCGCAGUUUGGGAUACGGCACCUUAGCCUUUGCAGAAAGAGAGAGGGAGAGGCAGAGCAAAGGCCUACCUCCAACACCCUCGCCUAUCGGGCCUGUACACUCGAUCGUGGGCGUUGUAGGUAAUAAAGGUACAACAAAUUGGGAGGCACAGGCAGUAAAGGCAUCAACCGAGGCUCUUGCUACAUCGACAUCUAUAUCUACAGCGUCAUCCGUCACCAUCUCCGAAGUCAUGAACCCCUCAGUAGCUAUUCCCACUACAGCUGAUGGUGACGAUGCUGCAACACCAGUUCAGACUGUAACAUCGGUCAUAACAAACUCGAAUCUCUCUACUAUGACGACCACCACUGUACCAGAUUUAGAGGAUCAACCUUUGAAACAUUGUCAGCAGGAAGCAGAAUACAAUUUUGCUCGUGGAUUCCAUCAACUAGGACAGAAUCACCUUGCGAUGAUCCACUAUCGACGCGUCCUGGAGUUACCGUCUUGGAGGGAGGCUGAGCGUGAACAGGAGGAACAGCGCAAGAAACAGAACGAAGCUAAAAAGCAGGCCAAGCGACAAGCACGCUCAGAAGCUCGUGCGUCCAUCCUUGAACAAAAGAUGAAGCGCGCACAAGAGCGGCGAGAAUCUAAGGAUGCACAGAAAGCAGUGGUAGCGAUUCAAAGAGGUGGUAGUGCUGAUCAAGACGAUAAUAAUGAAAUGACAGAAGAAAAUGACGAUGAAUUUGAAUAUGAUCAUAUGGAAGAAGUCAAUGACGACGAUGACGACGACGAUGACGACGACGACUUCCGAGCGAGCGCCGAGACAACACAGCAAGGGCCAGUAUCAAGGCUUAAAUUGCAAGAUGAAGAUGAAGAUCCUACUGACUUGAAGCGUGAAGCGGCGUUCAACUUGGCCAAGAUUUACAUGCAGAGUGGCGCCAUGGGCGAAGCCAAUCUUUUGAUUCGCAAAUAUUGUACAUUUUGAACAUAAUAAGUAAAUAAAUAAAUAAAUAGC